AUGACGUCCACAAACUGCAAGAAUUCCAUUUACAUCCCUGAAGAAAUCUUGAUCGACAUCCUACUAAGACUACCAGUAAAAUCCCUAGUUCAGUUUAUGUGUGUUUGCAAGUCAUGGAGCAAUUUGAUUGAAAGCUCGAGUUUUAUAGGCAGACAUCUUAAUAGGAAUGUUAAAAACCAUGGCCUUACUUUUCUAGUUGGUCUCGAGUGCACUGAAGUCAAACCCAAAAUUCGCCAUUCCAUUUUCUCUAAUGAAACAUUUAAGGCAACAGGCUUGGACAUGGGAGGUUUUGGGCUAUAUGGUUCAAGUAAUGGUUUAGUUUGUCUGUCAUGUAAAAGUCUGGAUUUGGAUUGUCCUGUAACCAUAUGUAACCCAUCAAUCAUGAAAUUUGUCCGCCUUCCAGUCACCAACGUUUCUUGCCCUCCCAAAUACCAGUAUCGUUGUGUUCUUACAUUCGGGUUCAACUCCAGGCUCAACGACUACAAGGUAGUAAGGUUGGUAACGUUUAUUCGGGGGAAGAAAUACAAUGAAGUGGAGGUUUACAGUUUAAGUACAAACUCUUGGAAGAGCAUUGGUGUAAUUCCUCCUUGGAUAUAUUCCUUGGGUUGGCAUUCUGGACAUGCAGUUUCUGAUGGGAUAGCAUACUGGAUUAUGGGACAGGGAGAGGAUGAUAGCUUUCAUCUCGUGUCGUUUGAUACUGGCAGUGAGGUAUUUGAACAAGUGUUGCUGCCGGAGGCUAUUGCGGAGGGACUUGAAGGCGUUGAGGGAGAAAUUCAGGCGUACAAGGAGUCGGUUUGCUUAUUGCAAUGCGAAAGAAGUGAGCCAGAGCUCCACGUCGGCAUAUGGGUUCUCCAGGAGAAGUGUUUAAAUAAGAUGCACACUGUUGUUAUUCCUGGAAUAUGGCCUAUGCCAUUGGGCUUUAAAACGAAUGAUGAACUCCUCGUGAACUAUGUUGGAAAGAAAGGUGAAAUUUAUCUGGCUAUUUACAAUCUUCAAACCAAGCAGAUCAAUGAAACCAGAGUUAGCUUGCCCAAGCAUUGUUCUCUUGACUCUGAUGCUGCGGAUACUUAUGUUGAAAGUUUACUCUUACUCAAGGGUUGGAGCAUCCGAACUUAA